UUUUGAACUACUCCAGCCAUUUAGGCGGGAAAUCCAGGAAAAGCUGAGUGUGGUGUCGUCUUUUGUCUGUGACAAAAAUGCCGAAAAGGAAAAGUUCCAAGUCCGUGAAAGGUUCAAAGUCUAAGGAAGAAACAAAAGCAGAUGCCAUACUCAACAAGAUUUCGGGAGACUUUCUUGAGUGUACAAUCUGCCUGGAGCCCUUUAAGGAUCCCAAGGUCCUGCCGUGUCUUCACACCUUCUGUGAGGGUUGUCUGAAGAAGUUCAUUGCACAAGAUAAGGUGAAGAACAAGUUUCAGUGUCCGACAUGUCGAACUGAAACUGUACUUCCUAAGGGUGGAGUUUCUAAGCUCAAAAACAACUUCUUUGUUCAAAGCUUGAGUGACACAAUUGAUACUCACAAGAGUUUGGUAAGCAAGGAGGAUGGCAAAGUGCAGUGUGAUAACUGUGAAGAAGAUGGGGCUAGCCAAGGCUGUGUUGUCUGUGAAGAGUUCUUGUGUGACGAGUGUGCUUGUGGCCACCGCCGCGGUAAACGCACACGAGGUCAUGAAGUUGUUGGUGUGGCGGAGCUGAAAGAGCGGCUGAUCACCAAGACGGGAUCACUGAAGUCAAAUUCACUGCCAACCUGUCCAAAGCACAGGGAUGAAAAGUUGAAGUUUUACUGUGAGACGUGCAAGCACCCCAUCUGUCGAGAUUGCACGGUACUGCAGCACAAGGCCCACAAGUACGGCUACCUGGAGGAUGCUGUGAGUGACGCCAGGACAGAGAUUAAGAACAAGCUGAAAGCUGCCAAGAAGAAAAUCACAACAUACCAAGACAAGGCAAGAGCUGUAACCAAGAAGCAAGAUGAACUGUACACAAGGAACAAAAAAGCUGCAGAUGGCAUCAAUGCAGCUGCAAAGGAAGAGAUCAAAUAUCUGACUGGCCUUGUAAAAGGUAAGCAGACUGAACUUAAAGAAAAGCUAUCCUCCAUCACAGCAACCCGUUCCAAGCAGCUCUCUGCUACAGCAGACAGCAUUGAGAGCACCUUAGACAGUCUGUCCAGCACAGUGGACUUCUCACAGAGGGUUGUGGAGCAUGGCAGUGACUUUGAUGUCAUGAAUGUGUACUCGGAUGUCACAACAAGGCUGGAAUCGCUGCUUGAAGGUCCAACCCCAGACAUUCCUGAUGACAUCAGUUACAUCAUGUUUGAGCCUUCAAAUAGCACAAUGCAAAAGAAGGAAAAGGUAGUUGCCCUUGGGAACAUUGUUGAGGAAGAAGUUGAAGAUGAUGAGAUGGAAGAAGAUGAAGAGUCUCGAGCAGAGGCGACCUUUCGUUUUACGGUGGAAAAUUUCAGCGAGCUGAAUAAGCGGAAGUUCGGUCCUGCUGUCUUCAUCCGCAAUCUGCCUUGCAAAAUAAUGACCAGGCCUAAUCACCAGGACAACAAGAAGAGCUUGGCCAUUUUCCUGCUAUGCGAUGCUGACUCCAAAAGCUUGUGGUCCUGCAGGGCAUCAGUUGAGCUGCGGUUGAUUCCACAGAAGGAAGGAGUUCAAACUCACAAGUUGAAUUAUCAACAUGUCUUCUACAACAGGGACAACAACAGGGGCUAUGCAGAAUUCAUGCCGUGGCACGAGGUGUGUGAUCCACAGAAGGGAUACAUCAAGGAUGACAAGAUCAUACUGGAGGCUUAGCUCAUG